AUGGCCUCUCUUGCUCGAUCGCUCGUAGGCCUUCUCGUAGCGGCCUCUGUCGCUACCGCUGGCGCGUACAACUCGGUCAUUGAAAAGGAUGUCGUCAUCAUCGGCGGCGGCGGUUCUGGUGCUCACGCUGCCUUUCGUCUCCGAGAAGACUUUGGGAAAAGCAUCAUCUUGAUUGAGAAGGAAGCCAUCCUGGGAGGUCAUGUGGACUCGUACGUCGACUCCAGUUCAGGCAAGGCCUACGACUACGGCGUCCAGUCCUUCAUUGAUGUCAACGGUGCCUCCGACUUUGUAACGAAGCGCCUUGGAGUUGAGAUCAAGGUCCCCGGUCGGGAGUCGCGAUUGACCCGAUAUGUGGACUUUGGAACCGGCAAAGAAGUCAACUAUACUGGUCCUGCCCCGGCUGCUUUAUCGGCUGCCCUAGUCAAGUACGCUGAACUCUGCGCCUUGUAUGAGAACAUGAUUCUUCCAAGCUUGCAGGACUUUCCUGCCCCCGGCGAUAUCCCCAAGGAUCUACUCAUUCCCUUUGGCGACUUUGCCAAGAAGCACAGUGUUGAAGCCAUUGUUCCCAUGUUGUUCCAAACCACUGGGCUUGGCGUUGGCGACGUGACUCGUCGAACGACACUAGUCGUGAUGCAAGCGUUCGGCGGGCCUAUGGCACGAUCGUUUCUCGGCCAAAUGGCAUCCUUUGCCCCGGCCUCUGAACGCAACCAGGAUAUAUACGAUGCAUUUGCGAAGAAGCUGGGAAAAGACGUGCUAUACUCUUCCACGACAUCGUCGGGCAGGCUCAUCAAGAUCAAGGCCAAGCGCUUGCUGCUGUCUAUUGAGCCUACUAAGAGCAACCUAGCUCCGUUCGACCUCGACAAGGCGGAAAACACGGUCUUUUCCAAGUUAGACUACACACGCCUUUACGCCGGCAUCGUCUCCAAUCCAUCUCUGCCCAAGAACUACUCCCUCACCAACUUGCCCGAGGCUGCCGCUCCCAGCAACUUCCUCGCCUUCCCUGACCUUCCUUUCCUCGCGCGCUUCGAAUGGAUUGGGACAGGUGCAACCGAUGAACUUUUCCGGAUCAUGGUCAUUGGUGACCGAAACUUUGAUGGCAAGGAUGCCAAGAAGCUGGUUCAGUCAAGUUUUGAUACCCUUGUUAAAAGCGGCGCAGUUGAGGCGUCUGGUUCAUCCAAGGUCAAGUUUGUUGCUUUCGCGCAGCAUGGUCCCAUGCACAUGCACACCUCGGUCAAAGAAAUGAGAAAGGGCUUCAUCCAGGAUCUGUAUGCCCUGCAGGGACGACGGUCAACCUGGUGGACAGGCGGAGCCUGGGUUGCCAACUUCCAAACUCAUCUGUGGUGGUUUAACGACCUUUUGUUGCCCAGGGUGAUUGAGGGGCUGUAA